AUGCUCGGGUUCUGGUGUAUACACGAUACCGCCAGGGUAAUGGAUCAGUGCCUCGGUGGGUACCGCCAUAAGACGUCUCCUGUGGGUUCUUCAGCCCUCUCUCUUAAUGCUUAUCGACUUGUACCAUAUGUUGUUAUAAAAAUCGUUUCUUCUGCAUACAAAGAAGAAGAAAAGAGAAGCAUACACAGAGUUCCUAACGUUAUCAUCAGAAAAAUCGUUUCUUCUGCAUACAAAGAAGAAGAAAAGAGAAGCCUACACAGAGGUGUUACCACAAGAAAUAAUUUAUAA